UAACAUAAAACAUGGCAGCUUCCAUGAUGCUCGUUGAUUAAUCGAAACUAAUAUCAACUGUACAGUGAUAGUGUUUGACGCUAACUGUCAAAGUACUCUUUUUAAUCUAAAUGCUUAAAAUAACAUUCAUCCAGAGCACCAAUGGCUUUAAGAACGCGGUGUUACUUAAAUAAGCUGAGGCUCCAAGUUUUGAAUGUCAAGCCUAGGAUUCGACUUCUAGAAUCCCCUGUUCCUACAACGUGUGAUGUGAAACACAAGUCCAAUAAGGAAAAUAAAAAUAGAAGCUUGGUGUUCCAUCCGCUACCAAUCAAGCCUUCUAGUAGCUCACUGGAUGACACAAAUAUUGGUGCAGAGUUAACAGGGCAACUUAAGAAAGAGAAUCUGCUUAAACUGCUUAAUGAUUUCUACAGAAGACCAAUAGUAAAGACACUUGCAGCUGAAAAUGGGCUGGACAACCGCCUGUUCCACCAGUCAUAUCUCAGUUUUCGUAAGUUUGUUGUGGAGUCUGAACAGCUACCAACUGAUCUUCAUAUCAUCUUGAGUGACAUCAUUCAGGAUGCUGGUCAUGUUGAUGACUUGUUCCCUUAUUUUCUGCGCCAUGCUCGAGAAAUUUUCCCACAUCUUGACUGCAUGGAGGAUUUGCAAAAAAUAAGUGAUCUCAGGUUACCAGCCAACUGGUACCCAGAAGCACGGAGCAUUCAAAGAAAAAUAAUAUUCCAUGCAGGUCCUACCAACAGUGGUAAAACAUACCAUGCACUUAACAGAUUUCUUACUGCCAAAUCUGGGAUCUACUGUGGUCCACUUAAGCUUCUAGCCUCAGAGGUGUUCCAAAAAAGCAAUAAUGCUGGCACACCAUGUGAUCUUGUAACAGGCGAGGAACGGCGGUAUGCCAGAGCUGAUGAAGUAGCUUCAAACCAUGUGGCUUGCACUGUGGAAAUGGCUAGUGUUACCUCCCCAUAUGAGGUGGCCAUCAUUGAUGAAAUUCAGAUGAUCCGAGACACACAGCGAGGGUGGGCAUGGACACGAGCACUACUAGGUUUGUGUGCGCAGGAAGUUCAUCUUUGUGGUGAAGCGUCAACAAUAGAUUUGGUACAAGAACUCAUGACAGGCACCGGAGAUGAAAUGGAGGUUCGUAGAUACAAAAGAUUGACGAGUCUAGAAUAUCUUAACAAGGCAGUAGAAAAGUUCGAGAAUGUGCGGCCUGGCGACUGUAUUGUGUGCUUCAGUAAAAAUGACAUCUACUAUAUCAGUCGACAAUUAGAGAGCCUAAAAAAAGAAUGUGCUGUAAUCUAUGGAGGUCUUCCUCCAGGUACAAAACUUGCACAAGCUGAAAAAUUCAACAACCCCAAUGACCCCUGCAAAAUAAUGGUAGCCACAGAUGCUAUAGGCAUGGGGCUAAACUUAGCUAUUAAACGUAUCAUCUUCUACUCCUUGAUGAAACCACAUCUGACAGAAAGUGGUGAAAAGGAAAUGGAUGUCAUCACCACAUCACAGGCCUUGCAAAUAGCUGGUCGUGCUGGGCGUUACAAAACAACCUAUGAGAACGGAGAAGUCACAACUUUCAGACAAGCUGAUCUUGGCCUACUGAAGGAAAUUGUAGCACGACCAAUAGAUCCCAUAGAACAAGCUGGCUUGCAUCCAACAGCAGAUCAGAUUGAACUGUUUGCAUAUCAUCUCCCACAUGCCACACUCUCCAACCUUAUGGACAUCUUUGUCACACUCUCACAGCUGGACAAUGACAAGUAUUUUAUGUGUAAUGUUGAUGACUUCAAGUUUUUGGCGGAUAUGAUUGAACAUGUGCCACUUCAGUUGCGAGUCCGUUACGUGUUUUGCUGUGCACCCAUUCCCAAAAAGCAACCGUUUGUCUGCACCAUGUUUCUCAAGUUUGCGCGACAGUUCAGCCGUAAUGAGCCUCUAACUCUUGACUGGGUGUGUCGGCAAAUUGGCUGGCCAUUUGCCACACCCUCUGUCAUCGCUGAUCUCCUACAUUUAGAGGGUGUCUUUGAUGUACUGGAUCUUUAUCUCUGGCUCAGCUAUCGGUUUCCAGAUAUGUUUCCUGAUGCAGAACAUGUACGUGACAUGCAGCGAGAACUUGAUCAGAUAAUUCAGCUGGGUGUCGCCAACAUCACCCGCCUGGUGCAGGCAGCAGAAGUCAAAACUGCCAGCGCUGUCAUUGAUGAUGAAGAUGACUUUCAGAUUAAGCACCGAAGACAGAAAAGCAUGGGCUAUGAUGAUGAAGUUAAGGAUGAGGAAGGUGAUGGCGUUCCAGUGAAGGUGAACACAUUUCAAAAUGCAAAAUUAAAUGGACAGCAAAGACUGCAUUCUGAGUCACCUUUACAGUCACAGCUAUCAACUUCUUUCUUAAAAGCCAAAACACCUUCUCAAAGCAGUGCAAGCCAUAGUGGAGUAAAGUUAGGUCAGGGUCGCCUAGCUUCAAAGUUAAUUCAGCAAGGGAUGCUGUCUCCAGAGUUGCUGGCAGCGCUACAGGCAGAAUGGGGGUCUCAAGUAAAUAAAGCCAAAAGUAGUGGACAUUCUGAUAAUAACAGUGACAGGAAUGGUAAUAGCUCACCCAGAAAGCCUCACCACAGGAAGGGAAGAAGGUGAUAAGAUUUUGUGUGUGUGUGUGUGGAGGGGGGUAUUUUUAAUUAAGCUGUUUCCUGAAGCAUUGUAUUCUCACUGAGGGUAUUAUGGCAGUUCCGAAGAAGAUUCUACCCAUGUUUACUCAAAACAUAUACAGAAGCAUGGAUGAGCAUUUAGGCAGGUGUAUGCGUGGACUAAUCCUGCACAUGCAAUGGGGAAAAAUGUGCCAAACUAAAGGUGAAUAAUCUGCAGAAGUUUUUGUUAGUGUAAACUAAAUAACUGUCUUAGAUAAUGAACAGUUGGAUGUCUUGUUUGUAGAUUGAUAAAAUAUUAUUUUUUUCUUUCAUAUAAAAAUCUUUUCAGAAAGAUUUGGCUCAAAUUUUAGUGUAUUUAUGUACACAACUUAUGCCAACUCAUUUCACCUAAAGGUAAAACUUAAAAGACAGGAGGAAAUUGCAGUGUAUACUUUCCUGCUAUGUAUGUCGCUCUUUUAGAUAUAUUUGUAACAUUUUUUUUUUGUGGAGAGGGGGAGUGGGGGUUGUAGCUAUAGACAUCAUUUAUUUGAUCUGUCUGCAAUAUUACUAAAAGGCUGACUGCAAAAUAAAAAGAAUUACUAAACAAA